AAUCUCCUCCUUUUUUAAAUCCGCAACAAAUCCAAAUCUUUCUUGGGUUCAGAUUGGUCUUUUCGAUCAAUGCUUGCAACCAGAAAUCAGCAUCAACACAAGAAAAGAACAGAAAAAGGGAAAAACAGCAAAGCAAUGAUCAAGAAAAAAGAAAAAAAGAAAAAAAGAGGGCUGCAGUGGUUUGUUAGAUCCGGCAUGCAAGUCGUCCGACAGCCAUGGGAGGGAUUCGGCAGCAUUGAAGGAGAGAAAAUGAUGAAGAUCGACGCUUCAUGAUUUUUUAAAAUUGAAUAUGAAACAGGGCCUGCACUUAUUUCAUUCAAAUAAAAAUAUAACCUUGCUUUUGUGGUAAAAAUGGCAGCAUUUGAUUGAAUCUCACCUUUUGCUGAUCUCUCUCUUGCGUUUCUUUUCAAGGUUUGAUCAGUUUGUUUCUAUUUUCCUUUUUCAAACAAACUCUAUCACUAAAC